CUUGCGCCUAGCCCUCUAUACGCAUAUCUUUUUAUCUUAGUAUUAUAUAUAUUUUUUCCUUUUUUUUCUUUAGUUUUGAUUCACAUAAAUAGUUUGAUCUAUUCUCCAUUGAUGUUGGGUUUAGGAGGUGUGGAUUCAUCAGACAGAAGCGAUCAGAACUUCAAAAAUUAGGUUUCCCACCUGCGUUGAUUGCCGUCAUUACCUCGUAUUCUACUCGUAUAUUAUAAAGUAUUUAUGUAAGAUUUUGUUUAUUGAUACGAACAUCAGACAUUUUGUUCAGGCAAUUGUGCGAGUUUUUGUAGGUCAGUUGUCGAUUUCUAGGCUAUAAGUCCUUGAUUUCUAGAAUUAGGAUCGAGGACUGUGAUUUGGGUUUGAAACUAAAAAAAGAUCGUAUUUUAGGUUUUAUUUUGUGUAGUUUUAGUAUUUAAGAGAUAUAAUGGAUAAGAAGAAAGUGGCUGUCCCUCUUGUAUGCCAUGGUCAUUCUCGCCCGGUGGUGGAUUUGUUUUACAGCCCGAUUACUCCAGAUGGGUUUUUCCUCAUCAGUGCCAGCAAGGAUUCCACUCCUAUGCUUAGAAAUGGAGAGACUGGGGACUGGAUUGGAACUUUUGAGGGGCAUAAAGGUGCAGUGUGGAGUUGCUGUUUGGACACUAAUGCCCUUCGUGCUGCUUCAGCAUCUGCUGAUUUCACUGCGAAAAUAUGGGAUGCAUUAACUGGGGAUGAACUGCACUCGUUUGACCACAAACAUAUUGUUCGGGCAUGUUCCUUCUCUGAGGAUACACAUCUUCUACUGACGGGUGGUUUUGAGAAGAUACUUCGCAUAUUUGAUUUAAAUCGUCCGGAUGCAACCCCACGGGAAGUUGAGAAGUCUAGCCCCGGAUCUGUGAGGACAGUUGCAUGGCUUCAUAGUGACCAAACUAUAUUAAGCUCUUGCUCUGAUUCAGGAGGUGUAAGGCUAUGGGAUGUGAGAAGUGGCAAAAUUGUCCAUACACUAGAAACAAAAUCAUCUGUGACAAGUGCUGAAGUAAGUAAAGAUGGACAUUAUAUUACCACUGCAGAUGGAUCUAGUGUCAAGUUCUGGGAUGCAAAUCAUUUUGGACUGGUGAAGAGCUAUGAUAUGCCAUGUACUGUGGAAUCAGCAUCACUGGAACCAAAGUUUGGUAAUAAGUUUAUUGCUGGAGGGGAAGACAUGUGGAUUCGUCUCUUUGAUUUUAAUACUGGCGAAGAGAUUGCAAUCUGCAAAGGUCACCAUGGUCCGGUCCAUUCAGUACGGUUCUCACCGGGAGGUGAAUCAUACGCAUCCGGCUCAGAAGAUGGAACCGUAAGAAUAUGGCAGACACAGCCACCCACACCCACACCCACAACUGCUUUAAAUGGCCCAAGCAAGCACUCUUCACCUUCACCCCUUGAAGUAGUUGCAUCAAAGUUGGAGGAUUUACAUGUUGCCAACAAAGACUAAGAAGAAUCAUCUUCAUCUUCAUCUUCAUCUUC